AUAGACAGAUACACAGACAGAUUGACAGAAAAUGUGAGCAUGUAUAAGUGUGUCUACAUAUGGAUACAUUAUGACUAUAUGUGUUAAAUAAAGGGAAAGGCAGUUACAUGCUUAGCAGAUAAACAGGUGAAGUGAGCUCAGUAGAGAUAUUGUUGGAGAUUGGGAUGGUAGCAAAAGAUAGUGAGGCAAAUAUGAAAAUCCAGGUUUUCACAAGUAACUAAAUAUAUCUGAACCCAGCCGAAAUGUUAGCAGCCUUAGAUAGAGUUCAUUAGAUGUCGUGGGAAAAAUCAUUUUCAGUCAAGUGAGACAAGUCCACAUUGCAUCCCCACCAGUCACUGAGCAGAGGGAUGAUACAUGAAAACCCCAAUCGCAGAUCCAUACUAUUCUGUUAAGUUGUAUACCAGUGCUUUGCAAUGCACGGGAAGUUGUAGUAACAAGUCUACUUUUGAGGAAUGGCUGUCCCAGGAGGUCACAUCUUCAUCAAGAAGUCCAUUCUGCAAUCUGUGAGGAUUCUGGGCUUCUAUUUCCACAUUGCAUUCAGGUCCCUGUGUGUGCACAUGUGACGCUGGAUGGAGGUGUGAGUUCCAGGGUCACCUCCAGGACCUUAUCAACUGUGUCACCUCUGUUUGCCUCUGACAGAAUUAUUUAGAAAUCCUUGAAAUGAAGAGCAUUUUCAGUUACUGACAGGAGUCACCGAAGGGUCAGGUCCUAUCUUCAUAAAUGCAUGAUUUCACUAAGAUGCUCUGUUGACAGCAGGUAUCUGAUGUGCCCCAAGCUGGCCUGCUUUACACUCUGGCCUUCGUCUUAUCAUUUCUGCAAUCAAAGGGUUCUGAUGAUUAAACCAACACUCUCAGUCUCAAAACUUGGGCCAUACAUAACAUCUUGACCUAAAAGAAUUCUGAGGUUCAGAACAAUGGUUGUUUCUCAUGAUUACUAAAUAUCGUUUAAGUUGUGAAAGCAUCAAGGAGCCCACUACAGAGUGGAUCUCUGAAACAAUAAUAUCUCUGAACAUUUUCUGGCUCUUUUUUUUUUCUUUCUUAUAACUAUUUAAGGAAUCUUAUUUAAGAACGAAAUGGACAUCACGUUUCUGUGCUAUGAUCUGAAUUUCUGCCUCAGAGAUAUUAUAGAUGAAUAUAUUCGCAGAGUCUGUAAACAAUGGAAAAUCAUGAAAACCAGAAUCAGGGUUCCUGCCCUUAAAUGUGUUUCAGUUUGCAUUUUGAUAGCGGUUUAGAAAUGUUAUCGCUUGUUUUGUCACAGACAUAAUUCACAUCUUUCUUCAGGCACUGUAAACAAGAGAAAUGGUUUAAUGGCCCCAUAAAGGCACUCUGCUGAUAGCAGAGAUUAGGCUCUUUAGUAAUGGAUGCCAGUGUGUGUGUGUGUGUGUGUGUGUGUGUGUGUGUGUGUGUGUGUGUAUGUGCACAGUGAGAGGAGGGAGAGUUUGAAGAGGCAAAUGUACUGAGAAAGAAUCUCUGGAGAGGCUUACGAGCAGCUUGAAGACCCCUGAGCUUCCUUCCUACAUUGUGAGGUGUAUUUACAGAACGCUUGACAUUAUCAUCCUUAUUUGUACAUACGCCUUCCCCUUUGCUUCUGAGAUUUAGCUGAGGACUAAUUGAGGUCAUCACCAUGCAUUUAUCACCUGAACUUGAAGUGAUACUAACUUAAAGGGAGUGCUUCUUCUACUCAGUGUACUCCGAACUACAUUUAUUUUAUAAAAGUCUGCAUGCAUUUUUCAUGGCGGGCUUGUAUCUGCUCUUAAAUAAUCUAAUUUAUGUAUACCAUUUAUUUUUUCACCUUUUACAGAGUUUUUUUUUUCCUUCCAAAGCACUUCCAUAGCCCAGUAUUUUUUUUUUUCCAUAAGCAUUUUGAUGUCUGUAACAUGAUUUGUUUUUGUUUUGACUGUUUUUCAGUUAUAUUUUCUAGACAGGUGUAAAAGAUUUCUGCAUGUUAUAUGUCAUCCCAGACUAAGUAAGUGCCUUGAAAGUCCUCACACCUCAUAAAUCUGUAGUGUUUUAGAGUAUCAAUUUUAUGCCAUUUUUCAUCAGCUUGUUUGUGAAUUGAUUACUCUGGGCCACACAAAGUGUUACCAGACCACAACAAGCUGACCUUUGUUGACCAGGUUGACAGUGCACAUGAGCACAUAUCGCUCGGCCAGCUUCUUUCAUGUUUGCUUUCUCCCUUAUCACUAUAGAACGUGAUCUGAAGCAAGGAUCUGCAAGCUGUUCUCUGGAAAGAAUCAGAUGGUAAAUGUUCAGGCUUUGCAGGUCCAUCAUUCCAACUCAGGUCUGUGGCUCACACUAAUCCCAGAAGGCCCUCCAGUGCAUUUAUAAAAACAAGUAGUAAGUUGUAGGGGUCACAACCUGUCCUUUGAAGUCCUCAUGUGCCAUACUGUAGAUUACCCUAAAUGUCACGUUUUGGCUUGGUAUUAUUUUAUAAUAGUUCAGGGGUCUCAGCACCAGUGGAGGAGGCUGCACUCUUGGCUUGGUUCUCUUUAGAAACUGUAGAUUUGCUUCAAAGACCUGUUUCUCUUUUGACAAGAGCUAAAAAUAAAGGUUUCUUCUCCUAGGGUAAAUACUUUGUAUUCCUAGAAAUUAUUAUUCCGUUUCACUCUUAGAAAAGUUAAAAACUAAGAAGAGUGAAAGCCCAGAGCCCAGCCCACUUCCUGCUUCUUUACAUUCUCUGGAGAUGUCUAGAAGUAGACUUGUAUGUUGCUUGUGACUUUUUUUUUUUUUUUUUUGUAAUCCCAGGGUAAGGCAAACUCUUAGUGUGUAAGCACCAUCUUUGCUUCAGUGUAAUAUGAGUAGUGUGAAAUUUUAAAUGUCUUGGUCACAGUAAUAAAUUGAAGGAAGGCAGAAUGCCUAAAAGCAAACACAAAUGCUCUGAGAAAUUUUUGCAUUUAGAUACAAGUGCCAAGAAUAUAUUAGUAAGGUCAUGCAUACAGCUGUGUGUAUCACACACACAUGAAUUAAUCAAACAUAAGGAAUAUAGAACAGGCUAAAAUCUUUGCUAGAGGAAAUAUUUUUCAGAAAUCUAAAUAAAACUAUGAUUAGACCUAUAUUUGCACUUGAUGGUAUGAAGUCAUCUUUUUCAACACCUGCACUCCAUAGCUCUCAGAGCUCCAGACUACCAUUUAAGGCCUAGUAGAUACAAACAGGGAAGGAAUGACGGGUUCAAAAACAUCUGAUGUGAUUUUAUACAAUGUUAUAGUGUGUUCUUUAACAAGAAACAUUUCAAGUGCAAAUGUAAACAGAUUUUUAAUUUUAUUGCAACCAAAAACCCAAGAUUCAUUUAAAAAUUUUUGUUUGUUACUAUUUUUAAAGUAGGGUGUCUUGUAGACCAGGCUGGCUUUGAGGGCCUGGAACUUCAGAUCCAUUCCCUUCCACCUCCCUUUGCAUGCAAUAAUAUUAACUUUUUAGAUUAGAUACAUUGUACUUUACAUGUGGAAGUUUUUGCCUCUGUGUAUGUCUGUCAACAUAUAGGCUUGAUGACUAUGAAGGUCAGAAGAGGAGACUGGCUCAUCUGAAACUGGAGCUACACAUAGUCACGGACCAUUGUGUAGAUGCUUGGAAUUGAACUUGGGUCCUCUGUAAGAACAACAAGUGCUCUUAACCACUGAGCCACCUCUUCAGCCCCAGGCUCUAAUUCUUAACCUGCUUUAAUGUUGUCUGAGAUCUUUAUCCAGGCAUUCUGCUUGGAUUCUUUAUGUUAUUUUUUCAGGUCUGUGACUAAAUAACCAAUAGAAUGAACUUAAAAGGUAGAAAGCUUAAUUUGGCUAAUGGCUUCAGAGAUUUUAGGGGGUAGGCUAUACAUUUUUAAUCUGUAGUGCACAAUACAACAUAUCAGAAGAAGUUUUUUAUAGCUGGGAAAUAAAAGAGGCACCAGGACCUUGAAAUCUUCCUCCCACUAGGACUUAUUGCCUAAAGAUUCCCUCUUCUUACAACCAUGCCUCACACUGGGGACCAAGACUGACAUCUGAGCAUUUGAGCAACAGUCAAGUCCAGCCUUGAAGAUCACAAAAUACUAUGUAAAUCUGAGUUAUUUUCAAACAUAGCUGCAGUUUCUUAUUCAGAUUGUAAACUCAGCCUCACACCAAAACUCCAUUUGUAGAUGACUGUUUAGUGGAUAGCUGUCACAAACAUCUUCUGUUCUCAGCGGAACGUUACAAGGUAAGGCCUUCUUGUCAUGACUAAGGAAGUAUUCUCCUGAGAGAAUGUAAUUCAUUCUCUCGACCUACGAGUUGUUUUAUGUUGUCUUUCUGCUCAAUCACGAGUUCACAUUUAAAUUAGGAUCCUUGCUUGUGGAAACCUAAGAGCGCCUCAGUGCUUCAGUAGAUUUGUGACGGAACUCUUUCCCUUCUGAAAUGUGGGUAGAAGAGGAAAGGUACUAGGCCCUGUCUCAUCAUUCACGCUCUUCAAUGAAAACAAUCACCGAAUGUCUAUGCAGUUAACCAUGAAUGCCAUAACCACUUCUUGCAAACCCUCGGGUUAGGAAGUGGUUAAAUUUAUUUUUGAAAGUGCAUAUUUUUAAGUCCUGAUAUUUUGGAGCUCUUAAAUUUAACCGUUAGACAAACUCAGUCAUCAUUAGUCAGCCGUACGACGUGUUUUUAAAGGUCAAGCUUCCAUCAAGGCAUAGAAUGCAAAGCCCAUCUCUUGAGUGUUCUAUCUACUUCUCCCUAGAAAAGCUGAUAGCUGUGUGGUUGUAAAAGUUUGCAUGGGAACCCUCGGACCCUGUUUGAGGAAUGCCUGAGAUGAACUCUAAAUUUCAUACUUAGAUAAACGAUCCGAACUCUAUGAAGUCAGGAAUAAAGUAUCAUUUGGAAACAUCAUUUCUUCGUCAAUGAAAUGAAGAGGCUAACUCGCUUGAUUUAAUUCCCUUGAAAAAGGAAAGAUUCACUUUAAUUAAACUACAAACAAUGCCGAUGCCUGCAGGUCUGUGUUCCGGACCCAGGGAGGACCGCACUGUAAGCGGAACGCUAGCAGCCUCAGCAGCAGGCUGGAGCCGUGUUCAGUGAAAGUAAUUUAAUUAGUGUUGAUCAUGACUCCAGAUGAUGGUGAUUUGAUAAGGAAUAAUUUAGUACUUAACAGCCUUUUACAUGCACCAGCUCCAUGUGGGAAGGUACAGCAAAUUGCACGAGAUGAAUGUGCUGCUUUCUCUUGCGCCGGUGCCAAUGAUCUGGAAAAACCUCCUAUUAGCAGACGCUAAGCCUCGAGUCCUGGGAUGAAAUAUACUGUAGGCAGCCUCCAACUCAGCCUGUCCUGGUGGGAGUCUCUACAUCUCUCAUGCAAAGUGGCUUUUCAUGGCCUCCCACUGAAAAUCAAGAAAGAACCCCACAGCCCAUGUUCAGAACUCGGGUCUGCUUGCAGUCAAGAGCAGCCCUUUAAAUUCAGCUAUGGAGAAAAGUGCCUGUACAAUGUCAGUGCCUAUGAUCAGAAGCCACAAGUGGGAAUGAGGCCCUCCAAUCCCCCGACACCAUCCAGCACUCCAGUGUCCCCACUACACCAUGCAUCUCCAAACACAGCUCAUACUCCGAAACCUGACCGGGCCUUCCCAGCUCACCUCCCUCCUUCUCAGUCCAUACCAGACAGCACCUACCCCAUGGACCACAGAUUUCGCCGCCAGCUUUCUGAACCCUGUAAUUCUUUUCCUCCUUUGCCGACAAUGCCAAGGGAAGGGCGUCCUAUGUACCAACGCCAGAUGUCUGAGCCAAACAUCCCCUUCCCACCACAAGGCUUUAAGCAGGAGUACCACGACCCAGUCUAUGAACAUACCACCAUGGUUGGCGGUGCAGCCAGCCAAAGCUUCCCCCCUCCUUUGAUGAUCAAACAGGAACCCAGAGAUUUUGCAUAUGACUCAGAAGUGCCUAGCUGCCACUCCAUUUAUAUGAGGCAAGAAGGCUUCCUGGCUCAUCCAAGCAGAACAGAAGGCUGCAUGUUUGAGAAGGGUCCCAGGCAGUUCUAUGAUGACACCUGUGUGGUCCCGGAGAAGUUCGAUGGGGACAUUAAGCAAGAGCCUGGAAUGUACCGGGAAGGACCCACGUACCAGAGGCGAGGAUCCCUCCAGCUCUGGCAGUUUUUGGUAGCUCUUCUGGAUGACCCUUCAAAUUCUCAUUUCAUUGCCUGGACUGGACGAGGCAUGGAAUUUAAACUGAUUGAGCCCGAAGAGGUGGCCCGGCGUUGGGGCAUUCAGAAGAACAGGCCGGCGAUGAACUAUGACAAACUUAGUCGUUCUCUCCGCUAUUAUUAUGAGAAGGGAAUCAUGCAAAAGGUGGCUGGAGAAAGAUACGUGUACAAAUUUGUGUGUGACCCGGAAGCCCUUUUCUCUAUGGCCUUUCCGGAUAACCAGCGCCCACUGCUGAAGACGGACAUGGAACGUCACAUCAACGAAGAGGACACAGUGCCUCUGUCUCACUUUGAUGAGAGCAUGACCUACAUGCCCGAAGGGGGCUGCUGCAACCCUCACCCCUACAACGAAGGAUACGUGUACUAACAUGAGUAACCCGUCAAGCAAGGCACCCCGUGCUUCGCCUCUUUUUUUUUCAAGAUGCAGAGAAUCACCGAAUUCUCUUCGAUGUUUGUUUUAUUUCUGUUGUUUGUACUUUAUUUUUUAAAUGAUAAUACAAAAGGGGGCUUUUCCUGUUGCAUUAUUCUAUGGUCUGCCAUGGACUGCGCACUUUAUUUGCUGGUGGGCGGGAGUAAUCUAGACAUUCAUUCUUUGUAACAGGAAGAUGGCGGAUGAGUGGGCAGAAGGAGCUGAGGGAUUCCUUUUUGCUUAGGCUUGGAAUGGAGUCCUACAGGUUUUCUGUAUGAUGAUGCUAUAUCAUAUUUGUUCGAUUUCAUAAUAACGUAAGAUAAUUUUCCCUGGGUAUCUACGGUACAGUUGAUUUCACGUUGUGUAAAUAUCUUCUUGGAGACCAUUUGCCUUGGGCAUUUCCCCCAUCAUUACUGAGUCUCUGCAGGUGUACAAAAAUCUACUGUAAAUGGCAGUUUAAUGUUAGAAAUUACUGUUUUGCACCUCUUGUAAAAAAAAAAUAUUUAGCAAUUGCAUUUGUUGUUCUUUCUGUUUCAUAAUGCUUUACAGAUGACUUGUAGAGGAAAACCCUAAAUGUGGGCAAUUCUCUCUGAAGUUGAGUAAUCACCAUGACUGUAAAUGAGGGCCACCGUUUUGGACUCUGGCUCCAACUGAGUCACAGGCCAGUAGCAUUUUAUGUAUCUGGUGCCAUCCUGCUGUUUUGGUACUACAAAUACUGUCUUUUAAAUAUGUUGAUGCCCAUCUCACUUAAAUAAUGACAUGUCAUGAUCCUUCGGAAUCUUCAUUUAAGUGUUAAAGCUGGGAUCACAAUGAAGCAAAAAAUAGAAAAAGAAAAAAAAAUUACCUGUCUCCUUUCACUAUCUUCAGUACAUAAAUACAUUAUUUAAUCAGUAAGAAUUAACUGUACUAAAUCACAUAUGAUGCUGUUCUAGUUACAGCAAGCACUCUUUAAGAAAAAUAUCCACUACACUAAAUAGGUACUAUAGUAAUUUUUAGACAUGGUACCCAUUGAUAUGCAUUUAAAUGUUUCACUGCUGUGUUCUGUUGAUAACAUAUAUAAAUAUUAGAUAAUGCUAAUGCUUCCGCUGCUGUCCUUUCUGUAAUAUUCUCUCAUGCUGAAUUUAUUAUGACCAUUUAUAAGCAAUGCAGUUAACUACAGAUAGCAUUUCAGGACAAAAUAGAUGACUCAAACCAUUUAUGGCUUAAAAAAAUAGCUUACCACCUUGCUAUGCUAUAAGCAGCUUCUAUGCACAUUGACAAACGAAGAGUGAGCCUCAGCUUGCUAAAGGAAACUGGGGAAACUUUUGUAACUUUUGGUGAAAUGGAACAUUGUUUAUGAACUGUUAAAGAAUAUGAGGAAGUUCCUGUGUGACAUAGUGCUGGCACUGAUGUUGUCCUUCAUCUCCUUUGGACACACCUGUAAAUGUGAUCAGAUUGUACGAAAGACGAUUCAAAGAUCUGAAAUCUCAAAGUUUCUGCCUUGUUUUCAUUUUGUUUGCUGUUCGUUUGGUUUAUUGUCCAUCCGAAAAUGACAGCAUUGAGCGUGUGCCUUGCUGUUUCAUUCACUCUGAAAACCAUAAGGAAAUGGUGUCUAAAUACCCCCUGAGUAGCUGCUUACCAGAUCCAAGCAAAGAAAAUGAAUUGUGUUCACUUCGUUACUACUCUGGAAGAACAGCUUCAUAAAGAGCCUAUAGGAAAACACUAUUUCUUAGAAAACCAUUAAAGACCAAAUAAACCCAGGGAAGCAGUUCACCAGCACAAGAAAGAACUUGUGAAGACGAGCCCUCAGUAUCCUUCCCCCACCCCCCAACCCUCUGCAGAUCACAGUUGUUUCCGUAACAUAACUGUCCCUUCACUUACUCUCCCCAUGCACAAAUGGGCACUAUCCACAUCCUCCAGAAAUAUUCUGAUCCCUGCAGAUGUCUAUAAAUGAUUCCCUCGACUGUGCUGCAUGUGUUUCUUCUGGCCCUUCAUGGGCUGAUAAGUAUGCCUUAAAAAUCAGGACAGCCACCAUGACCAUGUGGCUUUUUACAGCACUUGGACUUUCUAAGUAACCAGCGAAGUAUUUAUUGGAUAGACACCCAAGAUUGAGCUCUUGGUAAAAUAGAAAAAUUCUAAGUGUGGAUUGACAUGUAAAUCAUAUUCAGGAGCCUUUUCUCUGUCUAUAGUUCUUCCCCUAUCCUUUUAAUAUUCUUGUCCUAGUCAAUCAGAGAGGAAAAUUUGGACUCUGACUUACUCUAACGGAUCAAAAGAGGGAUGGUAUUAAUUUUGAUGUAUAAGGAAAACUAUAUGUUUUAUUGCAAUAGGUAGUGUUUAAAUGGACUCUGUAAAUCGUCAGCUAGCAUUAAGUAUUUCUAAUAUGAAAAAUUUCAAAAUAUAACACCAUAAAGUGUAGAAAAACAGAUUUUAUGUUCUGAUUUCUUCCUUUUCUUUCUCCUUCCUUCCUUCCUUCCUUCCUUCCUUCCUUCCUUCCUUCCUUCCUUCCUUCCUUCCUUCCUCCCUCCCUCCCUCCCUCCCUCCCUCCCUCCCUCCCUCCCUCCCUCCCUCCCUCCCUCUCUCUCUCUCUUUCUUUCUUUCUUUCUUUCUUUCUUUCUUUCUUUCUUUCUUUCUUUCUUUUUUUAGAUUGAUUAAAAAAAUCAAGUUCCUGAUGUUUGCAAGAGUCUUGCAUUUUGUAUUUCAACAGCAUUGGCUACAAAGCAUAGGAAUUAGUAAAGUAGUCAUUUUUUUCAACUUGAUAAAAGAAAUGGAAAGCUACAUCUACUAGUGUUUGAUGUCUCUAGUUGAACAUCUGCAUAUAUCCAAUCAUUUCUUUAAACAAAGGAUGUUACCUUCCAAAUAUGUCAUGAGAAAUUAUUUUCUUAAGGGGUACUUCAAAAGCAAAAUCCACAAAACUGAGUAUGUAGUAUUUCUUAAAACCACAGAAGACUUGCUUCCUGUAGAUGCUAUAACAAAUUUCUCAGACUUGAGUAACAAUACAAAUGUCCUGUCUUACAAUCCUGGAGGUCAAAAUUUCAAAGUCAGCCUUAGAGGGCUAAAACUAAGAUGCUAGGAACAGCAACUCAUUUUGAAGGCUCCAGAGAAGCCUUGUUUUUUCCAUUUUCUGAGGCUAUAUAACAACAUUUCAAUUUUGCCUCCCUGUUUAUGCCCCUUUCUCUGCACUCACAGAUCUUUCUAGCUUCCUGCAAGAACACAUAGGAUGAUAUUUAGGGUUUACAUAGAAAACCCAGGUUGAUCUUCCCCUUCUCAGCCUCCUCACUUAUGCUGUUUGUACCUUUUAACAGAUAAACAAUUCAUAGGUUCUUGGGUUAUAAUGUAGCUAUGGGGAAGAUCUGGGAAAGGCUAUUUAUUCAGUCUUAUUCAGUUUCCCACAUAGCCAAAGACCCCAGAGAGCAAAAUGCUAAUUGAUUUAUUCAUGGAAAAAAGUUCUAAGAUUAGUACAUACUAAGGGAUAUUGUCAUGUACCAUUCAAAUUUCCCCUUACUUUGCAUAAAUACUUUUAAAAAAGUACCUCAGUAUAAAAAUUCUCCUAUUCUAGUAAACCAUCUGGAUUAUCACAUCAAACCUUUAUAUGAUUUAAAUAUCCCUCCUCUCCUGGUUAAACACGUUAUGGUAGGAAAAAUAGCUAACCUGUGAUAACAGCAAUAGCACCAUUAAAUCUGAUGCUCCUGCCAUAGUAUGUUUUUGCAAAGAAUUUCUUUAACAUCAAUGAGUUCAUUCUCUAUGAUUGUCAGAUCUGCAAAUGAUAACUGCUUAUCAGUAAGAAUAAUAAACAGAAUAUGCUCUUGUUAAUUAAAGGAACAAUUCUAAAAACUGACUUGAUUUCUUUUUAUACUGAAGUGAAAAAUAUUUCUUGACUGAUAUCACAGUGUUUGCACCAGAUUAUAGGGUUCCAAACUGAAUCAUGUUUUUGAUUGUGCAGCCUUUCCAGAUUAUAUAAUGAUGAAACAUAUUGGAAAAAAAUUGAAUGCUUAGUUGAGUCCUUAAUUUUUUUUAAAAAAAAUCUGACACAAAUAAGCUAUUUUCCAGGUGCAGUUUGGCAUGGACAAGAGAUAUUAAAAGUAGGCAAAAAAUGGAAAGAAUCAAUUUAAAGAAGGCAGAUUUGUAUGUUGGACAAUUGCAACAAGAAUUUCAUAGAAGUCAAGUUCCAUAAAGGUAUUUAUGUUGCAUUCAGUACUAAAGACAUAGAUAAGUGGUGCCUAGGAGGAUAGAGAGAGGGUGGCUGCUUUUGAGUUCUUUGGAAAGCUGACCAAAUUUAAUGAGAACUCAACUACUCUUUUUAGGACUUUAUUUUAUUUUAUUUUAUUAAAUGAAACUGACUUAGACACUUUAAAAAAUAUGGAAAAGUCUAGUUUAAGAAGAAAAAUCUGAUUAGAUUAGUGGGUGCCUUUAUAAAAAUAUUGAUGGUUUUGGAAUGCUCAAUGAAAAUGUAUAUACAAUAGCUGUGGUUUAAGAAUUCAUAUAUAAGGUAGGUUUUCUUUCCGCUUAUGAACUCCAAUAUUCUUACUUAGUUCCAUUUGAAAAUUAUGUUACUAUGGGAAGAUUUUCUUUAAGUUUGCUUGGUUGUAUUAAAAUUAUAAUUAUAGUUUCAGAAAGCAUUAUGAAAUUCAUGUGGUGAUAGCAAACUAAAUAUGGUCAAAAUUUAAGUCUAAAAUAAAAGCCCAGAAAUUGAAAAUA